AUGUUUUCAUAUCCGAUAGACACCGAUUACCCAUUUGAUCAAAAUCCCUAUUUUAAUAAUCGUCGUCGUCGAUACUAUAAUCCUCAUCAAGCUUGCGCAUACUCGUACCCGAGUUACACACAUCCUCAGUCGUUUUUAAAUUUUCACAUUCCUCAAAAUCGAUAUUUCCCGGAUCCAUACCAUCUUCGUGAGUCAUAUUAUGACCCAGAAAAUAUAGUCAAUUUGGUCUCUGAUCUUAACCAAAUCCAUGAAGAAGAAAAAAAUCACCAUGAUAAGGAACGAAAAAGAAAUGAAUAUAUAAGAGUAAAGAUUUCUGGUCCUGAAGAUGAACGGGAAAAUAAACAUGAAAAUAAACAUGAAAAUAAACAUGAGAAUAAACAUGAGAAUAAAUAUGAGAACAAACAUAAGAAUUGUAAUGCUUUCACCAAACAACAAGCAGCCAAAAAAGUAUACAACUUUCUAAAAUAUCAACCUUCGAUAUAUAAAACUCGAAAAAUCCUUGUAAGGCUUUUACAUCUCCGAAAUAUACAAAACCAACUCGAUUCCUUGAGUUCUCAAAACCAAAGUUUCGGAAUGCUUACUUUUUCGGGUAAAGAUGCAGGAAAGCAAAUAUUGCCAAUUUCAAAAAAUAAUAAAAUGUUUCUUAUGCAAGAAGACGCCAUAUUGAAAAUCCUUGAUCAAUUAGAUAAAGUACAAAGUGAAGGAAAUGAAAUCAUUCGAGAUAGAAGAAAAGACAUUGUUAAAAUUGCUCAAAAGAUGUUGGAAAAAUUGGAUGCUGAAAAAGAUAGGCAGUGGAAAUUGUUUUUCGAUGAGUUAGAGAAUAGUGAAAGCAUUGAAAACAAGAAUAACGAAAGUAUUAAAAACGAGAAUAACGAAAGUAUUGAAAACAAUGAUAGUACUGAGGAUAUAGUUAUCGACGAUGACAUUGAAAAAAACGAUGGCGAAAAGGAUAUAGUUAAUGAAGAAGUUAUUGACGAUGCUAUUAUUGAAAAAAUCGAAGACGAUAAAGAGGAUAUGAUUACCGAUGAAGCUAUCAAUACUUUAAAUAACUCAUCAGAGACAGAAGAAAUUAAACCAUAUACAAUCUUAUCACAUGAAGACACGAAGUCUGGAGAUGAUGAAAAAGAUUUCGACUUUAUUGACAACACCGUAUCCGAUUCUAAUUCAUCCACAAAUUUCAAUGAAGAAAUUAUGGACGCACGGGAGCCGUUAAUUGUUGUUGAUAGUAACGUUGAAGAAAGCAAUGAAGCUGUUUUAGCUCAAAUUAAAGAACUAUCUCAACAAGCUAUCACAUCACCUAUGGAGGGUGUGGAGAAUAUGAACGUGACGAAUGAGGAGAGCGAAGAUGAAUUUGUGAUCGUUAAUACUUCAAAUUAG